GUGAGUGUGUGUAUGUUUGUGUGUGUGUGUGUGUGUGUGGUGUAUGUGUGUUCGGCGAAUGUCGGCCUGGGGUGGUCCGCAGUGUGUGAGGAAGGCCCGGCCUGGUGACGGGCGCUUGGGUACCGGCUGAGAAUUCACAUUCACUGACCAAGAAAGUGUAAAGAUGAGCAGCCGAAGGAAACGUGCUCCCCCAGUGAAGGUGGAUGAGGAAAGGCAGCAGCAGCUUCAUUGGAACAUGCAUGAAGACCUGAGGAAUGAACCGCUCCCCUUGACUGUUGAGGAGCAGCCCUGCUCGGGUGCAGACUCCUCUUCUGAUUGCAUCCUCAUAGAUGAUGACCCUCCUGAAGAUGCGGUUCACAGAGAUAAGAAGAGGCGGUCAGAGGCUGUGGGCACCUCAGAAUCCACUGAAAAAGAGACCCCUUUGUCUGUCAAGUUGAAUGUUACCAUUUCUCCCUAUCAUGGCGAUCAUUCUUGGAAAGCAUUGCUGGGAGAUUUUGCUCUUCAGCUUCUCCAUGAAGAGAGUUCAGUUGAACAUUUUUCUGAAAGGAGUUUUACAUUGAUGAGUUCAGAGUCAAGCAAUCAGUUCCUGAUCUAUGUCCAUUCAGAAUAUAAAGAUGAAGAAAAACAAGAAAGUGUGCUUAAAGAAUCGGCUGAUAUUUAUGGCAAGGGUCUUAGAGUGGAAUCGUCCUUCAGUACCAACAUGUUACAGGAUUUGGCCUGGCUGCAGAAGAAAAGAGGAAUAAAACUUUAUCAGAGACCUGAAGGAAAUCAUACGAUCAAGGUUGGAAUUUAUAUCUUGGAAGCCGGCCUAGCAAGACUAGACUUUAUGAGUGAUGCAAGUUCAAGAAUGAAAAAGUUCAAUCAGCUCAUGAAGAGAGUGAUGGAAAAGUUACAUAAUUUUAUUAUUCCAGAUGUGCCAGAAGAAGAUGAGGAUGAUUCAGAUAGUGAGCCAGAGGGCCAGGACAUUGAUGAGCUCUAUCACUUUGUGAAGCAAACACACCAGCAAGAAACACAGUCAGUCCAAGUGGAUGUCCAACAUCCUGCACUGAUCCCAGUACUGAGACCAUACCAGAGGGAGGCAGUCAACUGGAUGCUACAACAAGAGCAUUUCAGAAGCGUUCCUGCUGGUGACAACUCCCUGCACUUCUUGUGGCGAGAAAUUGUUACACCUGAUGGUUUGAAACUCUACUAUAAUCCAUAUACAGGCUGCAUCAUUCGUGAUUUCCCACAUGCUGGACCACAGUUGCUUGGUGGAAUCUUAGCAGAUGAGAUGGGUCUCGGAAAGACAGUGGAAGUUCUGGCUCUGAUUCUGACGCAUACUCGACAAGACGUCAAACAAGAUGGUCUCACUCUUCCUGAGGGGAAAGUGGUGAAUUAUUUCAUCCCAUCUCACUGUCCCAAAGGAAAAGUAAAAAAUAGAGAAAUCCAAGAUACAGAACAUGAACCAAAAGAAAAAGUGCACUGCCCCCCUACACGUGUGAUGAUCCUAACAGCUGUGAAAGAAAUGAAUGGGAAAAAAGGAGUUUCUAUUCUUUCUAUCUAUAAGUAUGUCAGCUCCAUAUACAAAUACGAUGUUCAGCGGAACCGGAGUCUUUUGAAGCGGAUGCUAAAAUGUUUAAUCUUUGAAGGUCUUGUGAAACAGAUCAAAGGCCAUGGUUUCUCUGGGACUUUUACACUGGGGAAGAAUUACAAGGAAGAAGAUAUAUGUGAUAAAACAAAGAAGCAGGUGGUGGGGAGUCCAAGGAAAAUUCAGAAGGAGUUAAGGAAAUCAGUGAACAAGGACACAGACUCUGAAUACCUGCCAUCAAACACUUCUGAUGAUGAUGAUGAUCCUUAUUAUUAUUACUAUAAGGCCAGAAAAAGCCGUAGUAAAUUGAAGAAAAAACCUGUGUUACUCACUAAGAAGGAAAAGAGACAACCUAUCAAUCCAGAUUCCCAGAUUCACUCUCCAGCUGUUGGUGGCUCUGCAAGUGCUGAUGCUAAUGUCUCAGAAAGUGCACCUGCCUCUGAGGACAAGAGAGACCAAGGAGCAGAAGACCUUGCUGGCUCUCUAAAGCCCGCUGAUGAGGAGUUGGCACAUUCUAACACUGUGAGUCCCUGUGAGACCUCUGAUUACCGCUUUGAGUGCAUAUGUGGUGAAUUUGACCAGAUUGGCCGAAAGCCGAGAGUUCAGUGUCUGAAGUGUCACCUGUGGCAACAUGCGAAGUGUGUGAAUUACGAGGAGAAGAAUCUGAAGGUUAAGCCUUUUUACUGCCCCCACUGCCUGGUUGCAAUGGAGCCAGUGUCAACAAGAGCAACGCUGAUCAUCUCUCCGAGUUCCAUUUGCCAUCAGUGGGUGGAUGAAAUCAACCGGCAUGUGAGAUCAUCAUCUCUUCGAGUUUUGGUAUAUCAAGGAGUGAAGAAAGAUGGCUUCUUACAGCCUCAUUUUUUGGCAGAACAAGAUAUAGUUAUCAUUACCUAUGAUGUCCUUCGUUCAGAACUAAACUAUGUUGAUAUCCCACAUAGCAAUAGCGAGGAUGGGCGUCGCCUGAGGAACCAGAAGCGCUAUAUGGCUAUUCCCAGCCCCCUGGUAGCGGUGGAGUGGUGGAGAAUCUGUCUUGAUGAAGCUCAGAUGGUUGAAUGUCCUACAGUAAAAGCUGCAGAAAUGGCCCAGCGUUUGAGCGGGAUUAAUCGGUGGUGCAUCAGUGGCACUCCAGUGCAGAGAGGAUUGGAGGAUCUUUUUGGGCUGGUGGUCUUUCUUGGGAUUGAACCUUACUGUGUCAAACACUGGUGGAUUCGACUUCUCUAUCGCCCAUACUGCAAGAAGAAUCCUCAGCAUCUCUACAGUUUUAUUGCCAAGAUACUGUGGAGGUCUGCAAAGAAAGAUGUCAUUGACCAAAUCCAGAUUCCACCUCAGACUGAGGAAAUGCACUGGCUCCACUUUUCCCCUGUGGAGAGACAUUUCUAUCACCGCCAACAUGAGGUGUGCUGCCAGGAUGCCGUGGUAAAGCUCAGGAAGAUCUCCGACUGGGCCCUGAAACUGAGCAGCUUGGACAGAAGGACUGUCACCUCCAUCCUGUAUCCUCUGCUGCGGCUCAGACAGGCCUGCUGCCAUCCACAGGCUGUUCGUGGGGAGUUCUUGCCACUCCAGAAGAGCACCAUGACAAUGGAAGAGCUGCUCACAUCUUUGCAGAAGAAAUGUGGAACUGAAUGUGAAGAGGCCCAUCGGCAACUAGUUUGUGCCCUCAACGGCUUAGCAGGCAUCCAUAUCAUUAAAGGUGAGUAUGCCUUGGCAGCAGAGCUAUACAGAGAAGUACUACGCUCCUCUGAGGAGCACAAAGGAAAACUCAAAACGGAUUCACUUCAAAGACUUCAUGCCACACAUAACUUAAUGGAGCUGUUGGCAGCCAAACAUCCAGGGAUCCCUCCCACCUUAAGAGAUGGCAGACUUGAAGAAGAGGCCAAGCAGCUUCGAGAGCACUAUAUGAGCAAGUGUAACACAGAAGUGGCUGAAGCCCAGCAAGCCUUGCAGCCUGUGCAGCAGUCCAUACGUGAGCUCCAGAGGAAGAUUCAUUCUAAUUCUCCUUGGUGGCUGAAUGUCAUCCACAGAGCAAUGGAGUUUUCUGUUGAUGAGGAACUUGUUCAGCGGGUGCGAAAUGAAAUAAGCAGUAACUACAAGCAGCAAACUGACAAGCUUUCUAUGUCAGAGAAGUUCCGUGACUGCAGAGGUCUCCAGUUCUUACUUACAACACAAAUGGAAGAGCUCACUAAGGUCCAGAAGUUAGUGAGAGAGGCUGUGAAGAAGCUGGAGAGACCUCCGUCCCGUGAUGUGAUUGAGUCUGCAACAGUCUGCCACCUGCGACCAGCGAGACUCCCUCUGCACUGCUGCGUCUUUUGUAAAGCUGAUGAAUUGUUCACAGAGUAUGAAUCAAAGCUGUUUUCCAACACAGUCAAAGGCCAGACUGCAAUCUUUGAAGAAAUGAUAGAAGAUGAAGAAGGGCUUGUGGAUGAUAGAGUACCUACUACUACCCGGGGCCUGUGGGCAAUAAGUGAGACAGAACGGUCUAUGAAAGCAAUAUUGUCAUUUGCAAGAUCACAUAGGUUCGAUGUUGAAUAUGUAGAUGAAGGAAGUGUUUCAAUGGAUCUCUUCGAGGCAUGGAAGAAGGAGUAUAAGUUACUUCAUGAAUACUGGAUGACUCUGAGAAAUCGUGUGUCAGCUGUUGACGAACUUGCCAUGGCUACAGAGCGACUAAGAGUGCGCCAUCCCAAGGAACCAAAGCCAAACCCACCUGUCCAUCACAUCAUUGAACCACAUGAGGUUGAGCAGAACCGUAUAAAACUUGUCAAUGAUAAAGCUGUUGCUACAUCACAGCUUCAGAAAAAACUUGGACAGCUUCUUUACUUGACAAAUUUGGAGAAGUCUCAAGACAAAACAUCAGGAGGUAUUAAUCCAGAGCCUUGUCCAAUCUGUGCUCGACAGCUGGGAAAACAGUGGGCAGUGCUGACCUGUGGACACUGCUUCUGUAAUGAAUGCACGUCUAUUAUAAUUGAACAGUACAGUGUGGGGUCUCAUCGAAGCUCCAUCAAGUGUGCUAUCUGCCGCCAGACCACAUCUCACAAAGACGUCUCCUAUGUCUUUACCUCAGAGAAAGCAAACCAAGAAGAUGACAUCCCUGUGAAGGGUAGCCAUUCUACAAAAGUGGAAGCUGUGGUCAGAACUCUGAUGAAAAUACAGCUUAGAGAUCCAGGGGCCAAAGCACUCGUUUUCUCAACGUGGCAAGAUGUAUUAGAUAUUAUUUCAAAAGCUCUCACCGACAACAACAUGGAAUUUACACAAAUCAGUCGCAUUAAGACAUUCCAGGAGAAUCUUUCAGCUUUUAAACAUGAUCCUCAAGUCAAUAUUUUGCUGCUGCCCCUGCACACGGGCUCUAAUGGACUAACUAUCAUCGAAGCCACUCACGUCCUCUUGGUGGAGCCUAUACUGAACCCUGCCCAUGAGCUUCAGGCCAUUGGGAGGGUGCACCGGAUCGGACAGACAAAACCUACUAUUGUCCAUAGAUUCUUAAUUAAAGCAACCAUAGAAGAGCGAAUGCAGGCAAUGCUGAAAACUGCUGAGAGGAGUCAUACAAGCUCACCUGGGAAGCACUCUGAAGCCUCUGUGUUGACUGUGGCUGACCUAGCAGACCUGUUUACCAAAGAAACGGAGGAGCUUGAAUGAAGUGUUUGAAAUCAUCCCACAGACUUUAAUAUAGGACUUAACUUUCAAAGUUGUAAAGAAAAAAGCUGUUAAUUAAAAACAAAAGAUCAGUAAAUAUUAGUAAAUACUAUUUCAAAUUGGAUGAAUUUUUUUUGUUACACACUAGCCUAGUAAUAAUUGGCAGUUGGUUCCUUUUCAGUAUACUAAUUUCAAAACAUGUACAAUGAAUUUUAAUUUUACAUUCCUACUGAAACACUUUUUGCUCCAAUGAAUAUCUGUAACUAAUAAGGCAGGGGAAUUAAGAAAGAUAUUGAAGACUUUUCUUGUAAUGGAUAGAUAUUUGUAAUAACAAGUCAAAAUAUAUAAGAGAGAAAGUAAACUAGUCUAGUUUUGUAUGAGUUAAUAUAUCCAAUCAAUGUAGAUCACAUUUUUGAAAGGGCCUUCAUCAUCUUUAGCAUAUGAUUCACCAUUAUCUUCUCAGUAAUAUUUUAAGAAAGUACUGAACUAUAAUAACUAGUUAUUUGCAUGAGUUUAAACUGUAGCACUGUCAUUGGAACUUAAAAGUAAGUAGUUCAACUCCUAAUGCUAAAUCAUUAGGCAGUUAUUUUGCUUUUUAUGUUUUGCUACUAAAAGUUAAAGUACAGAAAAAUUCAUUUUUCUAUUAUGUGUUAAAGUGGUAUUGUUAGUGUGGUUUUACGUGUUAUUAAUAUUUACAAUGAUCUGUUUAAUUCUCUUAGUAAGUUUUUUAAAUGUGUUUGAAGAUGGAUGCAUCUGUAAAUACUGAAAUUUUAUGAUUUGGGGUCUUACUAUAGCAUAGGAACAUGGCUUUUUUUUUUUUUUUAAUCAUCAUUGUACUGAUGUGUUAGAUGGUAUUCCCUUCCUAUGUUCAUAUAACUAGUCAUUUUAGCUACUGGUAUCUAAAUUUACAAUAGAGUUUAUUCAUUUCAGUUACUCCGCCCUUAGCGACUAGUAAGUGUUUGACCUUACUGCAGGAGAGUGCUGUGUUCACACAUGCAUAUAACUGUAAGUGAUGAAACUGUCCCUUCUUCUGUGAAGAAUUAAUAGGUGACCUUGAAAUCACAAAAUAAGAAGUAGCUUGUUUCCCAGCCCUGUGAUGGACUAUAAAUGUUCUUGUUUUCUUUCUUUUAAGCUUUCGGAAUUUUGAGUGACCCUCAGGAUUCAUUAGCUCCUACCUAACUGCCCAGAAACCUGUCCCUGGGUCUCCUUCAUCAGUGAGCCUUGGUGCUUGGCUAAGGUGCAUUCCUACUCCAGGUUUACAGUGACAGUUCAACUGAAGAAGACAUUGUGGGUGCUUAGUCUUCAGUUGAAGGGAGAUAUGCAUUGAUUCUUUUAUAUGAAAUGAAACUAUUUUUACAGCUCUUUUACAUAUCAUGAAGAGCUUUUAUGUGUAUUCAUGUACUUAAUAUUCCCAACAGUCCUGUGAAGUAGAUAUAACUAAUGUCGUUCCUAUUUUGAAGGUAAAGAACUAAUGCUUAGAAAUACUAAGAAACUUGCCUAUGACAUGGAGCAAUUGGACAAUGGAGCCCAGGCCCUCUGGCUUCACAUCUGCUGUUCUUCCACCAAAUCCUAUGCCAUGCUGAGAUUCAGGAGACGUGUGGCUAUAACCUAAUAGUGAGAUUGGUUAAGUACUUAUUUUUGUUUCCAAUAUUACUUUAUGUUCUAGGAAAAACAAUUUGAUGUGUUUCAAUUAAAAAAUGAUAUAUUGAUAACUAUACUUACCAGUAUUAGAGGAAAACUACUCUUAUUUAUUUCAGUAAGAUACCUCAAAUAAAUAUUUUAGUGGAAAAUGAAA